AUGGGAUCGUCUCAAUCAGCACCCAACCGGGAGGAGGCUGCGCUCCUCGUCCAGCGCCUGCACGCCAUGCGCAUGCAAGAUAGAGACAUUGAACGCGACUAUGUUUCGAUAGACACCGAGAAAGGCAUGCUGACCUCCCAUGCUAACUCACCAUCACUUUCCAUCUCGUCCGCUGAGACAUGGGAGAAGCAGCUGCUCGCCGAUCCCAAGAAUCGCCUGGCCUUGUCCGCCUUGAUGCAGAACGACGUCCGAAACAUCAUCUCUCAGAAGGUUGCUACACUGCCCGAUACGCAGACCUAUAAUGUCAAGAUCCCUUUUGAGGGCAGUCCAGUCACAAAUCAGCGCUCGUCAGGACGAUGCUGGCUGUUCGCAACCACCAACGUUCUGCGGGUUCCAAUUAUGAAGAAGUACAAUCUGAAGGAGUUUGAGCUAUCCCAAUCUUAUCUCUUCUUCUGGGACAAACUUGAGAAGUCCAACUGGUUCCUCGAGCAGAUCAUCGACACCUCCGAUAUGGACCUCGAUUCCCGAAUCGUGCAAGAACUGCUAGGAUCACCCGUGAGUGACGGUGGACAGUGGGACAUGGCAGCCAACCUCGUCCACAAGUACGGCUUGGUCCCGCAGACACUCUACCCCGACAGCUACAACGCCAUGAACUCGGGCGCCAUGGGCAGCAUCAUCACCUCGAAACUCCGCGAAGACGCCCUGAAACUACGAUCCAUCAAGCAGCAGGCCACUUCCGGCACCUCCUCAAAGCUCGCAGCCAUGAAGGCCCGCAUGCUGCAAGAAGUCCACUGCAUCCUCACUCUUAUGCUUGGUCCACCACCUAAGCCUGAAGACAAGUUCUCAUGGGACCACUACGACAGCAAUGGCAAAUUCCACCAACUCCAGAAAACACCCCUUGACUUUGCCGCCGACAUCUCCUCUUCAAACUCUUUCCGAACAUUAGGCGCCAAGGUCUCAGACAUGUUCUCCCUCGUCAACGACCCUCGAAACCCAUACAUGAAGCUGCUCACCGUCGAUCGACUCGGCAAUGUCGUUGGUGGCCGCCCAGUCACAUAUGUAAAUGUGGACAUGUCCACCAUGAAAGCCGCCGCUAUUUCCAUGCUCAAAGCCGGCAUCCCAGUCUUCUUCGGCAGCGAUGUGGGCAAAUAUUCCAACUCAACCACAGGCACGAUGGACACGCGUCUCUACGACUACAAGCUUGCGUUCAACGUCAGCUUGGACAUGAGCAAGUCCCAGCGUCUGCGGACAAGGGAGAGUGCUAGUAUGUUCCCCUCCCAAACCUGCCCUUCCUCUGCUUCGCUCCUCCUUCCAGACGUGCUCCUCCAACGAACCGAGCCUGACAUGUCCUCAACAGUGACCCACGCCAUGACCCUAACAGCAGUCCACCUUGACCCCUCUACCGGCAAGCCCAUCCGCUGGCGCGUCCAGAACUCUUGGGGCACAUCCGCAGGUACCGAAGGAUACAUGGUGAUGACGGACGCUUGGAUGGAUGAAUUCGUCUACCAGGUUGUGGUUGACCCCGGGUAUGUGGGCAAAGAGAUCAAGGAGAUUCUGGGCACCAAAGCGAAGAGGUUGGAUCUGUGGGAUCCGAUGGGUGCGCUGGCUUGA